GCCUGUCCAUCGCGCUUAGCUCUGCCAAUGGCAUCCAGCGGAAAGCCGACGAAGCUCGCGUUCAUGGCGCCCCUACCCCUACCCCUCCUCGCGCUGCUCUUCUUGUCGAGCACCCUCGAGGCAGUAGUAGGCGCCAGCAACGCCAACGACACCUCAGCUGACGGCGCGAGCUACACGUGCAGCUCUGGCAGCAGCAGGUUCCUGGCGUUGCCGUCGUCGUCGUCCCACUCCCACCGGAGCGUGUUCAGCCUCGACCGCUACGGUGCCCGUGGCGACGGGAGGCACGACGACACGCGCGCGCUCGCCGCGGCGUGGAAGGCGGCGUGCGCCUCGCCGCGGCCGGCCGCCGUGCUCGUCCCCAACGGCAGGCGCUACCUGCUCAAGGUCGUCACCCUCCGUGGCCCGUGCAAGUCCACCGUCGCGGUCACCGUGAAAGGCACGCUGGUGGCGUCGCCGAACAGGGCGGACUGGAGCGACAGGGAUAGGAGGCUCUGGAUCGUGUUCCGGAGCAUCAACAAGCUCACUCUCAACGGCGGUGGCGCCAUCGACGGCAACGGACACAAGUGGUGGCCGUACUCGUGCAAGAUCAACAAGGGCCUGCCUUGCAAGGAGGCUCCAACGGCUUUGUCAUUCCACUACUGCACCAAUCUGAGGGUGGACAAUCUGAAAAUUGUGAAUAGCCAACAGAUCCACAUGUCGGUCGAGGAUUCCACCAAUGUGCAACUGGCGAAGUUGUCCAUCACAGCACCUGGCACGAGCCCUAACACUGAUGGCAUUCACAUCACUCGGAGCAAAGAUGUGCGGGUCACAAAUUGCAAGAUCAAGACUGGGGAUGAUUGCAUAUCAAUCGAGGACGGGACUCAUAAACUUCAUGUCUCCAAUGUUGUUUGUGGUCCUGGGCACGGGAUUAGCAUCGGAAGCUUAGGAGAUGACAACUCACGAGCCCAGGUCUCUGGUAUUACCAUAGAUUCAGUACAAUUACAUGGCACAACCAAUGGAGCACGGAUCAAGACAUACCAGGGAGGAAGUGGAUACGCCAAGGACAUCACAUUCCAGAACAUGAUCAUGUACAAUGUCAAGAACCCGAUAAUCAUCGACCAAAACUAUUGCGACAAGGCUAAGCCAUGCAGGGAACAAAGGUCAGCAGUGCAGAUUAGCAAUGUUGUCUUCAAGAACAUUAGAGGGACAACUAUUACCAAGGAUGCUAUCAAGAUGCACUGCAGCAAGAAUGUUCCAUGCCAAGGCAUUACACUGCAGAACAUUGACCUGAAAAUGCAGGGUGGCAAGGGAAACACAGAAAGUACAUGCCAGAAUGCAAAAUGGAGAAAAUACGGAAAGGUUGUUCCACAGCCGUGCACCUCCAAAAUCAUGGGCACAUUUGGAGACCUCUUGGAGUUCCUGUUGGCUUCAGACUCGUGGAGUUCCUGGUAAUUAUAGAAAACCUGCAGUUCGCUGUGCUGGUCAGUGUAUUUGUGAUUUGGUUCACGUAACACCCAUGUAUAAUUUCCUUAAAAAAAACACACACAACCAUGUAUAAUGUAUUUUAUAGAAAGCGCAGCAACAUCAGCUGCUGAUAUUUUAGGGGUACAUGGCGCUUGAGAUUUGAGAAUCCAGCUUGGUGGUGAUCUGGCUACAACAUUUCACGGAAUUAUAUUUUUCUUAGCUCGGACUGGAAGCAUCCUGUACUAGCUAGCAAUUUAACUUGAGAGAAAACUCAACUUAUUUAUACAUGAAGAGAUGAAAAUAUAAUUUAUAUUUUAUUAGGGCUUCAAGUUGGACAACGUAAUAAAUAAAUAAAUAAAUAGGCAGCAUUUAAAACCUUUUUUUCAAUUGCUCUUCACAAUUCUAAAAUCGUGGAUAAACAAGCAAAGGAAAUAAAUUUCGUCUUUAAGAAUAUACGCUUAGACUCAAGGGGUGUUUGAGACUGCUCCACGAACUCUGCUCCAUAAACUCCGUCGUGGAGCAGCUUCACAAAAAACUAGAGUUCGUGGAGUACCUAAAGCCACAACUCCACCCUUUUUUCUCGAACCGAGUGCGUGGAGCUGAAACCGUUUGGCUAAAAAACGUGAAGCGGAGCUGAAAAACGUGGAGCAGAGCGGUCCCAAACACCCUCUCAGUUCACAACUAAUGGUGCACAGUAAGGUAGCAUAUGCCAUACACGAAAAAAAAAGUAAACCCAUUGGACCAACCAAACCCCAAAAAUGUCCUUCCGGUAACCUCACUAACGGUGGAUAGAAGUUGUGAACAAACUAUGUUUCGAUCGAGACUUUUGAUACCACAAGAAAUUGGCCAUCCUCACGUAUAGUCACGUAGGCGAAGGUCGAUCUUUGGUUCAUCAG